GGAAUACCCAUUCGAGCCGGAGAUGAAACCACUGCAACGUAGUCUCUUCGUCUCUGCUCCCUCCCUCCCCUCAAACCCAAUCUCUCUCCUGUUCUCAACCCUCUCUUCUUCUUCCUCCUCCUCUUCUUCUGCUGCUGCGGAGGUGGCGGCGGCGGCUGCUGCAAAGAAACAUAUCGAUUUAACCCCAGAAGAGCUCACAAAGAUCAGCCUUCUCAUCCCACGCCUCUGCUCCUCAAACCAACUCCCAACCGCCAUCCGCCUCGUCGACGCAUCGUUCCUGGCAAACCCACCUCUGGAAUCCCUCUCUCUGCGCAUUCUCAUUGAUCGCCUCACCUCGGAACCCGAUAUGACCCAACCCAUGGCACUGCUUACUCGCCUCAAGCACAACCAAUUUGCGCACUACUCACUCCGACCUAUCACCACUCUGCUUAUCUCUUCCUACUUCAAGAAACGCAGGCCCAAAGAGGCUUUUAAAGUGUUCAAUUGGAUGUCCAGACCUGAUUCUCAUUGCACCCCCCACGUGGCGGCGUACUCCCUUUUGGUUCAUGGGUUUUGUAGAAAUGGGUUUGUUCUCGAGGCCCUGAAGGUUCUCCGGGCAAUGGUGGGGGCGGAUAUGGCGCCUGCGGCGGAUUUGAGGACCCGGGUUUAUAGGAGUUUGUUGAGGGAGGCGCGGAUUGGGGAAGCUAAGGACUUGGAUGCGGUUCUGAGAUGUGUUGGAGAUGGCGGUGAGGGUUUUGGGAAGGUGGUGAAUUUGCUUGAUCGGAUGAUUGGGAAUUGGGUGGAGUAGAGCUGGCUGCAGUAAGGUCUCCAUGAAGGGCUAUUGAUAAGAAGUGACAUUAAGUGAAGGUAUAUGCACAGCAGGAGGAAGACCAUGCUGAAUUCUAGCUGUUGUGUCAAAUGUUUUACGUGCUUAUUCUCAAAGACCAUAACCAGUAAAAGGCUUCAGAAACAUGCAAGACGAUGAUCUAUUCAAUCUUUACAGUAUCUUUGACAAAUAUGGCUGUCUUCAGCUUGCUCCAUGGAAGACGACCUAUCCCCCAGCAUGCUGGAGUAAGAGCAUCAUAAAGAUCCUCAGUCCAUUUUGGUUUUUAAUGCCCGCCCAUUUGCUGUAGUCUGUACUUUUCUGGGAAAUGAUCUUCCAUCUAUUUAGCUGUUAUUUUCAAUCUGGGUGUGUAGUUCCAGGGCUUCAUGCAAGGGUGCAGAGCCAGCCAAGUGACCACUGUUAUAUGUCAGAAGGAAGUGUUCCAGACUGGUGUUAGUGCAGAAAGUUUACAAGAAGAGGAGAGCACUGUAAACAAUCUGUUGAUUAUCUUGCAAUUUGAAUUGAGAUCUUCAAUUCCAUUGAUCUCAAACUUGAUAAUAUAAUGUUGUGAUCUGGUUUUAUGAUUCUUUUA